AUGAUCGACACGAGAUUAAGCUUUAAGCAACAUCUAGCAGCAGUCAAUAACAAAGCAGCGGCGGUAAUGGGCGCUCUCACAAAAAUACUACCGAAUAUAGGUGGUCCACAAGGGGAAAGAAGGAAAUUGUUAUCAACAGUCGUGGACUCAAUCAUACUCUACGCGGCGCCGGUAUGGGCAGAAGCAAAGAACAUUCACGUGCGUGAAGUGGUGCACACACAUAGGCGGAGUGCAUUAUGGGUUUCAUGUGCAUAUAGAACUGUAUCAGACGAUGCAAUAUGUGCUGUAGCCGGAAAAUUGCCGUUUGAUAUUCACGCAAGAGAGCUUCGCCGCCUCUAUAGCGAGCCAGGAGCUAAACCAACGGCAACAGAAAAAGCCAUCGAACGAGAGCGAUGUAUGUAUGUGUGGCAAAGAAGAUGGGAAGAGUCACUUAAACGGCGCUGGACGUACAAAUUAAUAUCACAUCUCGGGCAGUGGGUAAAAAGAAAGCAUGGUGAAACUGAUUAUUAUCUUACGCAGAUACUCACCGGUCGUGGCUACUUUAUGGAAUAUCUCCACCGCUUUCAACUGGCAGAAAGCCCAUUCUAUCCAAGCUGUCCUAAUGCAAUCGAAAGCGCGGAACACGUGGCUUUUCAUUGUGAUCGCUUCGCACGAGAACGUGCAAUACUUGAAAGGGCUUUGGGACACUCAGCUAGUCCUAAUGACAUCGUACAGGACAUGUGCUCAUCCAGUGCUAAAUGGGUGGCGGUUCGAGCGUUUGCUGGAAAAAUUAUGCUACGACUCCAAUUCAUCGAAUGGGUGCGCAAGACCCAGCAACAGAAGCUACAGUUGCAAUUACGAAAUGGGGAUGAACUGUUUCCGGACAGAAUGAUGACAAACACAGACACUUGA